AUGGCUCCGUACCUGAUCUCACGGGCCGCCGACCCACUGUUCGCACUAUUCAUCGGCGCCUCGGCCGCCAGCAUCCGGAUCCGCCGCGAAGAGGCCGAGGCAGGACGUGGCGGGACAGUGCUGGAGACGCUGCGGCGGCGGGCGGGGUACUAUUUCGGGAUGUGA